CUCUCUCGUCUUCUCCCUUCUGGAGAAGUCGGGAAGGUGGCAGCGGCGGCGGCGGCGGCGGCGGUUGUCCCGGCCGGGCCGGUUGGUGUGGCCGCUCAGUCCGCGCUCCUCAGCGCCCGCGCCGCGCCCAGCCCCGUGGACUCGGGCGGCGGCGGCGGCGGCGGCGGCGGCGGGCGGCCCGGAGCGCGGCGCGCGCUGCCGGAGGGCGGCGGCCGCGGCCAGGGCGGCCCGUGGGAGCGCGGGGCCCCGGCGCAGCGCCGCGCGGCUCCCGGCCCUGCCGGCCUGCUCCCCGGGCGCCGCGGCCAUGGCGGCCAGCGCCAAGCGGAAGCAGGAGGAGAAGCACCUGAAGAUGCUGCGGGACAUGACCGGCCUCCCGCACAACCGAAAGUGCUUCGACUGCGACCAGCGCGGCCCCACCUACGUGAACAUGACGGUGGGCUCCUUCGUCUGUACCUCCUGCUCCGGCAGCCUGCGAGGGUUAAAUCCACCACACAGGGUGAAAUCUAUCUCCAUGACAACAUUCACACAACAGGAAAUUGAAUUCCUACAAAAACAUGGAAAUGAAGUCUGUAAACAGAUUUGGCUAGGAUUAUUUGAUGAUAGAUCUUCAGCAAUUCCAGACUUCAGGGAUCCACAAAAAGUGAAAGAGUUCCUACAAGAAAAAUAUGAAAAGAAAAGAUGGUAUGUUCCACCAGAACAAGCCAAAGUAGUGGCAUCUGUUCAUGCAUCUAUUUCAGGCUCCUCCGCCAGUAGUACAAGCAGCACACCUGAAGUCAAACCACUGAAAUCUCUUUUAGGAGAUUCAGCACCAUCCCUGCACCUAAAUAAGGGCACACCUAGUCAGUCCCCUGUUGUAGGUCGCUCUCAAGGACAGCAGCAGGAAAAGAAGUUUGACCUUUUAAGUGAUCUUGGCUCAGACAUAUUUGCUGCUCCAGCUUCUCAGUCAUCAGCUACAGCCAAUUUUGCUAACUUUGCACAUUUCAACAGUCAUGCAGCUCAGAAUUCUGCAAAUGCAGAUUUUGCAAACUUUGAUGCAUUUGGACAGUCUAGUGGUUCGAGUAAUUUUGGAGGUUUCCCCACAGCAAGUCACUCUCCUUUUCAGCCCCAAACUACAGCAUUUAGAAUGCUUUCAUCUAGCUGCAGUUUUGGUGAAUUUACUUCUGCUUUUCCUCUCCAGGCUACCAACAGUGGAAGUGCUGGAUCAGUAAAUGCUAAUUUUGCUCAUUUUGAUAACUUCCCUAAAUCCUCCAGUGCUGAUUUUGGAACCUUCAGUACUUCCCAGAGUCAUCAAACAGCAACAACUGUUAAUAAAGUUGCAACAAAUAAAGCUGGUCUUCAGGCUGCAGACAAAUAUGCGGCACUUGCUAAUUUAGACAAUAUUUUCAGCACAGGACAAGGUGGUGAUCAGGGGAGUGGCUUUGGGACGGCAGGUAAAGCUCCUGUUAGUUCUGUGGUUUCACUUCCCAGUCAAAGUGUGUCUUCAGACAAGUAUGCAGCUCUGGCAGAACUAGACAGCGUUUUCAGCUCUGCAGCCACCUCCAAUAAUGCAUAUACUUCCACAAGUAAUGCCAGCAGCAAUGUUUUUGGAACAAUGCCAGUGGGUGCUUCUGCACAGACACAGCCUGCUUCUUCAAGUGUGCCUGCUCCAUUUGGAGCUACGCCUUCCACAAAUCCAUUUGUGGCUGCUGCUGGUCCUUCUGUGGCAUCUUCUACAAAUCCAUUUCAGACCAAUGCCAGAGGAACAACAGGCCUUUCUGGAGCAAUGCAUUCUCAAGUGUUUCCUCACGCUCAUUUUGCGGCGACCUUUGGCACCGCCUCCAUGAGCAUGCCUGCGGGCUUCGGGACGCCUGCGCCCUAUAGUCUUCCCACCAGCUUCAGUGGCAGCUUCCAGCAGCCUGCCUUCCCAGCCCAAGCAGCUUUCCCUCAACAGACAGCUUUUUCUCAACAGCCCAAUGGUGCAGGUUUUGCAGCAUUUGGACAAACAAAGCCAAUGGUAACCCCUUUUGGUCAAGUUGCAGCUGCUGGAGUAUCUAGUAAUCCUUUUAUGACUGGUGCACCGACAGGACAAUUUCCAACAGGAAGCUCAUCAACCAAUCCUUUCUUAUAGCCUUAUAUAGACAUUUUACUGGAAAGAACUUUUACAUGGUCACAUUACAUCUUUCCGCCUCUUGCACUGUUGUCUUGUUUCACUGAUCUUAGCUUUAAACACAAGAGAAGUCUUUAAAAAGCCUGCAUUGUGUAUUAAACACCAGGUAAUAUGUGCAAAACAGAGGGCUCCAGUAACAACUUUUAACCUGUGAAUUGGCAGAAAAAGGUAGCGGUAUCAUGUAUAUUAAAAAUUGGCUAAUAUUAAGUUAUUGCAGAUACCACAUUCAUUAUGCUGCAGUACUGUACAUAUUUUUCUUAGAAUUUAGCUAUUUGUGCAUAUCAGUAUUUGUAACUUUUAACACAUUGUUAUGUGGAAAAUGUUACUGGGGAAAUAGAUCAGCCACUUUUAAGGUGCUGUCAUGUACCUCGGAAUGAAUGACCUGAAAUCAUUUUAACCAUUGCUACUGGAAAGUUACAAAGUCAUAAUUGGAAGGUUUUAUUCAGUCUUGAAUUUUUCCCUCCUAAAGAGCUCUUCUAUUUAUACAUGCCUAAAUUCUUUAAAAAUGUAGAAGGAUACCUGUCUGCAUAAUAAAGCUGAUCAUGUUUUGCUACAGUUUGCAGGUGAAAAAAAUAAAUAUUAGAAAAUA